GACAAGUGUUAUGACAUUUUGCAUUUUGUUCCUCUAUAUAGAAUGGAUGAGAAGCAGUUGAAAGCAAGCUUAAUGAAGUAUUUUGGAGAAAUAACAGCAAAAGUAACCAAAGAAACAACCGAAGAUGAAAUCAAACGUAUAUAUGCUGCACGGUCAGCAACAUAUGACGAGGUACUCUAAAAUAGUAAAGCAAUAAAAAUACGGGUCUGGGGGACGAUGUGGCACAUUGCCGUUUGACCCACCGGACACCUGAUCCAUUAUCCACGGCUGCGUUUCGUGAAUGUUCCGGUACUACCGGAGGGAAUGAUUGUGCAGUCUUAGUUAAAAACUAAUUUAGUUUACUUUGUUCCCCAAUACUUUCAUUGUUUAAGUUCAAACUUUUUCAAGAAAAAUCUCGAUUUUGAUUGAAAACAGAGCAGCUUUUCGGGUUCGUAAAGUUACAGGAGCUCUCGAGGAAAAGGGGCUCAAGGCGACACCAUUUAUUUAUCGGACAUCUAAUCUUAAUAACUGGCUUGGAUUUUCUCAUCAUAUAGGAACAUUCAGCGGCGCGCACUUCAUAUUUCAAGCCACUGGCCGAAUCUUUGCAUAAUGCCCUUAAAGAAGUUUACCAGGACAAACCAAUGGAUCAGAUCAAAAUCAUUGACGCUGGAGCUGGGACAGGUCUGAUUGGAGUUGAGCUCAAGAAACUCGGAUACACCAAUCUAUGUGCUCUGGACAUCUCAGCUGAGAUGUUAAGGGAAGCAAAGAAGAAAGAGGUCUAUACUGAAUUCAUCUGCACGUCUUUGAACGGACAGUCGAUACCUCAGAUUAAAUCAGGGCAAUUUAAUGCUUUGAUUUGUGGUGGGGCGCUCAUUACAGGGCGUAUCGGCUCAUCUGCUUUCGUGGAGAUGAUAAGAAUGGUUCAAAAUGGUAGGUCUUUCUUAGGAGUUUACCGCGGCACAGAUGUAUUUGACCUUCCCAUGUCCGCGGGUAGUCUGUUCUGUGCCUAAUUGUUGGACUUAACACUAAAGAAUCGUUUGGUCGCGGUUCCAAAUCAUCUGUGGUUGAAGAAAUUUGCUCACAAUGUUUUGAAUAUUUUAUGCGCCAUAUUUAAAAAAAAAACAAACAACUACAACAAAAACGGACACUAGCCUUUAAACAUCAUACUUUGAUAAAGCUUUAAGGAAAUAAUUUAUUUUUUAACAAAAAUGGAAAAAAGCAUGAUUUUAGAUUAAGGACCUAACAGGAUUGUAAAAAUGGAAAUACAUGCACAAUCUUCUCGCUAGUUUUUUGCUUGCUUGUUUUUGUUUUUUGAAAACUCGAACCGUGAGAUAGAUCAGGCGAUGAAGUAACACCCUUCUUGAUAAAUUCCCUUAAAAUCUGGCAUCUGACCCGUAAAUCUUCUUCUGGGGUCAAAUCUUCUCUCUGCAAAUUCGCUUAAAGAUAUUUUUCACUGGUCUCUUCAACUUCUCUCUGAUGUUACAGGUUAUAGGUUAACCAACUCUUUGAGUUAAAUCUAAUAAAUACAUGGACAAAUAGGAAAAAAUAAUGGAAAUUUCCUAUGAUAAAACCUUACAAGAUGCGCACUAAAUUCCGAUGUGAACUUCUUUGCAGAUGGCGUCCUCUGUUUCAACAUUAUGAAAGAAGAAUUAGAACACUAUCAAGAAAUGAUGACAGAGCUGGAAAAAGCUGGGAAAUGGAUAUGCAUGUCCAAAGAGUCUUCACCUUUCUAUGCAGCCGAGGACAUGCCAAGUGAAUGCUGGGGGUUCGUUUACAAAGUUUUGAAGAACUGA